UUUCUGUUCAAAGCCCUGGGAACCCACGCUGAGACCCCUUCCCUCCACGCCUGUCUCGUCGGCUCCCAGCUGGGCUCUAGCGAACGGCUUCUGUGGGUGUCCGGCCAGUGUAGCGGGGGAAGGGUCCCCUGGCUUGUCUGCGUUCUACCUAACGGGAGACGCGCUCCGAGAAAGCAGCUGUCGCUGCAACAUCUGGCAGAAGGCGGGGCCUGCCUCUGGCCACGCUCCCCGGGCUCCUGGACGUCGUCUGCUGCUUUCGGGGCACUUGGAAGCAGCUCAGCCCGAGCCAGCCAGCAGCGCCCUCCCACCGCCAGCCCCCAGCAUGCCGGGGGCGGCGUUCCCGGGCUAACCCCCCUCCCACGCGCUUGUUUGCUCCGCAGGCUGGCCCGCGCGGGCUGGGGGCAGUGAGAGGGAGCGGAGUCCCGCAGCCAGGCAGGCACAAUGUUCCAUGGAUAUGAAGGGAGAGACCCUGAAGGCCACAGCAGCUGCAGAUAAAACACUACACAUGUAUCAUGUGCAGUCCCUGUCAUGAACUGAUGGGAGUUAGUGGACGGCUGUGACAUUGUUAAGAAGGCCUAAGAAGCCAAUUGCAACAUGCCUUUGGAUAUUCCAUUGAUCAAAGCCUGACUUUAAUAAAAUGUGAUGGGGGAAAAGAAAAAGGCAGUAUCAAUUAAAAGUUAGCAGUAUGACAGGUCUGCCAGUCAUGAAACGGAUUCUGCUGGUGGUUUUACUGGCUGCUGCUGCGAUGUAUGUUAUACUUCACUGCAAUCUGUGGAAGACAAAUGUCUAUUUACUGCCGCCUACGGCUACACAAAGAAAAUCUGGACUAGAAAAUUGUUCAUUGGACCCACCAUUUGAGUCUUUAUGGAAUGGUCAGAAAAUAUAUCCAUUCCUAUGUGUUAAUGACUUCAUGAAACUAGCACUGUCCAAUGGAAAUGAUAAGCUUGAGUUACCUUAUGGAAUAAAGAGAGCAGAGAGUUAUUUUCGCCUAGCCCUUUCAAGACUGCAUAACUGCAGACUAUUCAAUGAAGAUAAUGGUGUGAUCUGUAGAAGGUGUGUUGUUGUUGGUAAUGGAGGAGUUCUUCGAAACAAGACACUAGGGGAGAAAAUUGACUCCUACGAUGUGGUAAUAAGAAUGAAUAAUGGUCCUGUCAGAGGGUACGAAGAGGAUGUUGGGAAGAGGACAACUUUCCGACUUUUUUAUCCAGAGUCUGUUUUUUCAGAUCCGAUUCACUAUGAUCCUGACACUACUGUAGUUCUUCUUGUCUUCAAACCACAUGACUUAAAGUGGCUCUGGAACAUAUUGAAUGGUCAUAAAAUAAACACUAAUGGUUUCUGGAAGAAACCCGCCUUGAAAAUGAUCUAUAAAGUUAACCAAAUCAGGAUACUCGAUCCUAUCAUUAUCAGAAAAACAGCACAUGAAUGGCUUCAGUUCCCAACAAAAUUUCCCAGAAAAGAAAAACCCAAACAUCCUACAACAGGGCUAAUUGCCAUCACACUGGCAUUUCACAUAUGCAAUGAAGUUCACGUGGCAGGCUUUAAGUACAACUUCGCUGACCGAAACAGUUCUUUGCACUAUUAUGGCAAUGAGACCAUGUCUGAGAUGAUUGAGAAUGGAUACCACAACAUCAUUGCUGAGCAAAAGUUUUUGAAGUCGCUUAUAGAUAAGCAGUUUGUGGUCAGCUUGACAUGAGACUGAAUAGACAAUGGAAGAGUGAUCGCUGUUUUCAACAAGAUAGAUUUUAUUUUUUGUACUGUAUUUUUAUUUUUUAAAUGCCACAUCAGUUACAGAAAUAUUUAAAAGAAGCACAGAUGCCUCACAAAGGUGGUGGUAGCGGAGUUCCACUGUCUAAGACUGAUGAUGAUUGUCGCUAUCUCGGAGCACACAACUAGAGUGAACUGAUUUCUGUGAAUCUAUUUAAUUAUGAAAAAAUACAACCUUCAGCUAAAAAAUAUCAGGGAUAUAUAAAAAUAUGAUGCACACCAUUUAUUUAACAAUAAGAACAUUUUUCAGCAACUUAUUUCUUUUCCGUAUCUUCCUUUCCUGUUGCCCAGAGACUUGGAAGGCUAUGAGAUAAUUGAUAAAAGGAUACAAAGUCUUUCACCUCUCUGUUCUGGUUUGAAAACAAUUUGGGAUAAGUGUAUCUGCAAAUCAUUACUAUCUGAAGGGUGUCUAGUAGCUGUACAGUAUAUAAAGUGCAUUUUUAGUCUCAGUCCACCUGGGCAGAUAUCCAUUCAUAGAAAAUCACCUUCAUAAUUCACACAGGCUGGUGUUUUCUUGUUGUCUGUCUCAACAAAGAGGCCUCAGACUGAACUGCCCAUGGACUCUUGGAUGUAGCAUGUGUACACUUGGGUUGGAGACCCACUGGUAUAACAGUGUGGGGAAGUCUGGAUUGAUGCUGCUCGUGCUGUAUCUAAUUUAUGGAUACAUUUGUUCUCAGUGCUGUCAGUCUGAUUUAUUUCACAAGCACCUGAAUUCAUUUUUAAGAGGUAAGCAUGAUCUCCUUUAAACUGUGGAAUUAUAGAAGAGUUUUAAAUAUUUGAGUUGUGUUGGCACCACUGUGCAGUAUUGACCACUUUAAGAUGCAUUCGCAACCAGAACUCCCCAAUGAAUAUGAACUAGAAUCUUGAGUUUGUACAUUAAAAUUUCUUUCAAACAAAAUGUCUUUGAUGCAUAGAUUUUCCCCCCCCCCCCAAACACACACAUUCCAGAGGCCUUGACACUUCUUAUUCUCCCAAAGAUGAAGAUGUAUUUUCCAAAACAGCACAGUUCCCCUCAGCACAGUUCCCCUCACCAUAACAGGUAACUGUGAAGGGUUUCAAGAGCACCAACAGAUUAUCACAUGUACCAAUUAUCUUCUAUAUUGUGAGCAAGGCAGCAUCUGAGACACACAUUGACCAAUUCUGGGAGUUACAAUUUUGUUUUUAUCUGGCAAUUCCUUUGUCCUCCUUUCCUUUUCUUUUUUCCUGUUCUCUUGAGUUUUAGGCAGAGAGAGAGAGCGAGAGUGUGUGUGUGUGUGUGUGUGUGUGUGUGUGAGAGAGAGAGAGAGAGUAACAGUUUCAAAAGCACCUAAAUGAUUUAGGAGACUAAACCCUGUUUUCAAAAGUGAUUUGGGUACUUUGGAGCCUAAAUCCAAACUCCUAAGUGCCUACGUCAUUCUGAAAAUGGGGCCUAGACCUCUAAGUCACUUAGAGUCUUUUGAAUUUUUUUACUCAGGAUCUUUAACUAUAAGAGAUUUGGUGGGAUGGUCAUAUAUUGUGAAUCAGUUGUCUCAGAGAAGUCCAUGGUAGCUCUAAGUGAAAUCUGCUUGAGAAUGUCAUCAGGAGCUAUGAAGGUCUAAGUGGCAACGUAAAAUUCCAUUCUAAUAAUCCUAUAAGGUACAUUAGUCAUGAAAGGUAUGUUUUAAAACUCUGGUCAAUUGAUCAAUCUUCUAGGAAUCAGAAAAUCACAAAGAAGUAUGCUUCAAAAGAAUUUUGAAAGUGGAUAAAAUAAUCCAGUAUUCCACAGCAGUAUAUAUUAAUUUGAACAGAGAUUAAUCUAACAAACUAGGACCGCAGGAUUGUGUUCUUCAGAAAUGAGGGCAUGAAGCAAAAGACUGAAUCUUGCUAUAGAGUAUUGACCACAAUUUCCUAGCAUCAUAAAUGUAAAAGUAAACAAAUACCUGGUUUAGAUUAGAGUGAAGUGGUCAAAGAUUUUCUAUUACCCAUUUUCCAUUUCUGUCUGUCAGAAUUGUUACAAUUAUUAAAAAAAAAAAAAGUCUCAGCCUCUCUCUCUUUUUUUUUUUGAAGCUGCUUGGUUCUAAUGAGUGCCUUUUUAAAAUCCCUGAUGGUCUCAGAUUAAGCUUGUUGGAUUAGUCAGGUUUAGGCUCUAGUGAGGCCACAUCAUGCUACAUUUUGUAAGGACAUGAUGAUUUUGAGUAAUUCCAAAUGUCUUUAGAAGGUGAUAUUGAGGCUCUUGCUCCGUUAAUCAUGUUUCCACUAUUUUGCUCGUCUCCACACUGCCAUCAGUUUUAGGCCCUUACACAAAUUGAUACAUUGUUUUUCACAAGACCUCUUGAAACCGGCUAGCAUUUAUUUCAAUUCAUUUAAAAGGCUUGUCUGUGUGGGGAAAAAACCAUGAGGAAGUUGCAUCAGAACUACAGUCAUUAUUAUUUUGUGUCUAGUGCUGUUGAGAGAGGUUUUUAUGUAAUUACUACAUGUGCGGCUUUCAAAAAGCACUCAGCAUCAGCGUUGGCCUAACUCUGCUGCCCUUGAAGACACUGGUAAAACUCCCACUUCAGUGGAAGGAGAGUUAGGCCAAAAGUGAAAAUUCUACCUUACCAAACUAGGAACGUGGCAGCCUCAUGCUGGUACAACUACAUGAGGUCUCUGAAGUAUCUGUAUAGAACCUGUUACAUUCUGGCAGAAUGUAGGCAGUAAAGACUUGCACCAAAGUGUCCAACUGUAUCCAAGUGUCAACGUUUAGUAUGACAGUAUUACAGGAUCGUUUUCCAAAAUUAGCUAUAUAAUUUUCCCCCUCCUUUUGAGAGUAUCUUGAUAUUUAUCUUUGUCAUUUCUCUUUCCUUUCCUCUCCACCUUCUUCCUCAUUGAAGAAGGGAUGUAGCAACACACAGCUUUGGAGAAGUGAUUAGUUCCUCAUCUAUACUUGUUCUCCAAAUUGGUAUCGUCCAUAAAUCUACUCUCAUCCACCUACAUCUUUUCUUAAGUUCCUGUCAUAAGGUUUUUUGUUUGUUUGGAGCCAUAGUAAAGAGUUAUGGGAAGCCAAAAGAGCUGUCAAUUGGGGUUUGUGACAGUUUCGUUAUUCACCUAAACUAUACACACAUCGCCAAAUGGUGACAACCGGGAAGGGAGAGAUGGUUGUGAGGGAAUGCAAAGAGAACAAAGUUAAGCUUUCAAAGCACCCCAAUACAUGCUCUGACCGCUACAUACAUAGAGCAGAGGGUACUGUCUUCAAAAAGCAUCAUUUAUGGGUAAGUAAUUUUAUCUUUGAUACUAAGCAGUGAAAUAAUUAUUACAACAAUUUUUUUGGUAGCAUAAUGCAGGCUUUAUAGAAUUCUGUAUACAUUGGACCUGUUUUUCCACUGCCAGGUACCCUGUGUAGUCAUUUACACCCAGGGAAUACUGAUACAACGUGAUUUCAAAUCAGAAUAGUAGCAUUUUGCACCCAUGUUGCACAGGUGUAAACACACAAGGUGCUAGGUAGUGGAGAAUCAGAAUCAGGGUGUCGGUUUUAAAUAUAGCACUCAUUUUUAAGGUCAUCCUGUGCCACUGUUAUUCCAACUUGCCUUGAGAGUUUUCAUUUUAAAAAUAAAUUGAGCAACCUAGAGCAGGAUCUUUUUCUAAGAUUUGCUUUCAUUCUCCUUUGGUCUAGAGGGUACAGAAUCUACAAUGGGCCACUCUAUUGAAAGCUGCUUUUUAAUUUGAUAUCUGCAGCAGCACAAGUUGAAGUCUUCAGUGUACAAAUUCCAGGGUACUGCAAGCUGUACUUCCAUGUACAGUGCCAGCAUAACGGUGCCGAAUAUUAAUAAAUUUCUUUCCCUUUUCCUUCUGUCAGCUGCAAUAGUCCAUUUGCUUUAAGGCCCCAGUCAAAACACCACUGAAGUCAAUGAGAGUCUUCAGUGGCCUUUGGGGAAGAUUCUUAAAGGAAUGGACUGAGCUUGCUCUGUUGUGAAAGUUAUCUUAAUUUCUUCAACUGUCACAAUUAAGGGCAAUUCUCAGAUAUAACUAAAAGGCAAGUUACAGAUUAAUGCACUAAGGAUGAAUCUGUGAGUGUUUAAUGCACCUCUGUAGAUUACAUUUCAAAUGAAAAUGUAUUGUUCCUAUUUUGGAAUGACAAGAAGGGUUUAAUAAUUAAUAUGUGACGUGUCUUGUUAUGUUAUGUACACUAAUAUACUUAUCUUUUUUCAAAUACCCCUUUAAAUAUUUUCUUAACCUAAAAUAUGGGAGCAGGGGUGUUGUUUGUGUCUGUAUUUGUGUUUAAAUAAAGUGUAUAAUUUUAAGAAUA